UCCGCGCCGUCGGUCGGAAAGUGGAAGCCGUCCGGGGAAGGAAGUGCAGCUUUUCAGAACCGCCUUGUGAUUGCAGAGGAAGUCAGUCCACAGGUCGAGUCCCCAGCAGCUUGACAGUCACCUGAAGGAAGGAGGAAGAGGUGACUCAAGUUGGGGAUUGUCAUUUCUGGGGGACACCCUUUAUGGAAGUCGAAUUUCUCAACAGAAAUUGGAGCAGAUUCAGGAAACACAAAGACAGCAUCCCAGUUGCUGACCAAGUCCCAAGAACGACAGAAAAUGAUCAAGGCUCAGGAAGGGGAAAUACAUGUGGAUUAAGCCUCGGAAGCAGCCAUCCUCUUUGACCAUAGGUCAGGUGUGAUAGGUUUAUUGUGAAUAGCCUUGCUACGAUGCAGAGUACAUCAUUGCAAAUGCAGGUAUCACCGGCAUUCCGCGACGUGGCUGUGGAGUUCACCCGGGAGGAGUGGCAGCUCCUGGGCCCUGCUCAGAAGGACCUGUACCGGGAUGUGAUGCUGGAGACCUUCAGCCACCUGGUGUCUUUGGGGUGUGAAGUUACCAAACCCGAUGCACUCUCCAGGUUGGAACGAGCAGAAUUGCCAUGCCAGCCAUCGGAUGAAGUCCAAGGUCCAGACCUUUCAGGAAACAAGAGGGACAUGAAAGGACAGCGACUG